AUGAAAGCCAAAUCCAAGAAAAAGAAGAGGCAGGAUGAUUUCCAGAAAGUGAAGUUGAAGAUUGGGAAAAAAAAGCCUAAAGCUGACAAUGCCACCAACACAAGCUUCCGUUCAAAGGGAAUCAAUCUCCCUGCACAACUAAAAAAGGAUGCGAGUGGACCUACUACUCACAGGAAUCUGGGAAUAAAUGAUCUUCUGUCCCAGCUACAUCAUUACAAUGCAAACAUAAAACAUGGUGCCUUGCUUGGUUUGAGGGAGCUACUUUCAUUAAAUCCACAACUGCUGGAUUCGCAUCUCUCUCGUUUGCUCUCUGAAGUCGCUGCAGUUUUUACAGACAAGGACGGAAAUGUUCGCAUGGCAGCCACGCGUGUGCUUAGGUUUAUUGCCCAGUCGGUGCCAGCAGAAAGAGUGGCCCCUUUUUUCCCCCUCCUCAGUGCCCACCUGUCUUGUGCCAUGUCUCAUAUUGAAGUGGGAAUUCAGGAGGACGCUGUGAAAGUUCUGGAUGUGCUUCUGGAACACUACGCCUCCCUGCUCGCCUCCAGACCCGCGGUACUCCUCACCAACUUCUUGGAGUUAAUUUCUCACAGACAAAACAGUGGAGCAGUGAGGAAGGCCCAGGAUACCAAAGCGAGAUCAUGGGCGCUCUCAGUAAAUCCUGGCCGAGCUGUGACAAGCCAACAGUGGCGGCUAAAUGUCCUUCUGAGGCUUGGUCAGUUCCUGCAGGCGAUUGUGGAUGAGAGACCAGUGGAAAAGAUGGACAUGUCUCACGGUGACGGAGCGUUGAACAGUAAAGAGGGACAAGUCACCGCUCUCACCCUAACAUGGGAGGAGCUUGUGUACAGCAAAGUUUCGGUGAACUUGUUUGAACAUUCAGGAGCUAAACCAACUCAGUAUUCUGCUUUUAAGCUCAGACCUCAAAGCGAAUCUAUUGGUGAAAUAGGAGAGAGUUUGGACUCGAAAGAAGCUGUUCAGAACUUCUCGGCGACACUGGUUCCUCUUCUGCUGGAGGUUUGGGUCGAGGCCAGUGUCAAUAACAACUCUGGGAACAGCAGUGAAGCCGCCCACCUGCUCACGCCAGACGCCAUGUCCGUCAUGUUCCAGGUUUUAACCAUUCUGCAACUUCUGAGGAAGUUGGCCCCGCACCAAGAGCACCAAGAAGCUUUGGACGCAUGGUUUCGUAAAGAAUACUUGGGUGAUUUUAAGCAACAUUUUUUAAAGAAUUUUCCCUACGGUAACUUGGACACACCCAAGCAAAAAAAGAAGAGUGAACUUAAACGGAACAAGCAGCCGGCUGUGCUCCCCACAAUGACAGUGGAGCCUUUGGCUUUGAACAUCACCCUGUGUCAGGUCAUGGUGUCCCUCAGUCAGAAGGAGCCCACAGACUGUGACUCCGGCUGGUUGACUCCCUUAAGGAUCUUUGCUCAGGACACAUUGAGCAGUGGAUCCAAACUGAGCUCUAAGCAGCUCAACAUGCUGCUGGACACUGUGUGGAAGAUGGUGCUCACUCAGAAGAGCAGGACGGUGACAGAAGACCUGUUGGCAGCCAUUUAUUCGUUCUAUCAACAGAAGCACCUUACGGCUCAGACCAGAUCCCUGCUGCUGUCCUUUUACAAUAAACUGUACCAGCAGGAACAGCUCCAUACGCACAUCGCCAAGAGUAAGGUGCUGUCCCAGUGGCUGGCCUCUCUUCCCGUGCAGCUGUCGCAGCUGGGCCAUCGUAACCCCAAGUUAUCAGCUCAGAUGAUCCGCUUCAUUCAGGCCGCAGCCUCCAGGGGAAACAAGGACCUGCUCAAAAGUUUACAGAAAUAUGCUUCUGAACUUUACGAUCCAAACGAAGGAGUUCUCGUAUUUCUCCCAUCCGAGUUACAACAAGAAAUGGUGCAGCUGCUUUACUUCCUUCCCAAGAUGCCCCAGUCUCUUCUGGCCAAUCUGAGCGGCUGCUGCAACGAUGGUCGUAUCUCCGCUGCUCUGAGCACCGCACUCAUCCGCAUUGUGCACCUGAGGUCUCCAGCGAGCGGCUGGAGUGUGGGCAGCCAGGAGGUGGCGCUGCAGGACAUGGACUACCUCAGCUUCCUGUUCUCCUCGCUGGCCGGGUUCUCGUGUGAGAAGCUGUCGUCGCUGCAGAGGCGAUCGGACGGAUAUGCGCUCCCCCUCCGCGCCUUGUCCCCCCUGAGCCUCCACCCCACGCCCACCGAGCACUUCAAACACCACUGGACUGUUGUGGAGGAAGUUUGCCUCUGUCUGGAAAAUGUGGGAUCAAAGUCUCAGUGUUUUGAGUUCGUGCAGAGUUUCAUGCUUAGAUAUCUGGCCAAGUUAAGAGUGGUUCCAGACAGCACUGCGGCAGCUCUGCUCAAAGCCGUCACCAGGCUGAGGGACCGGGCUGUAGUCCCGACUGAACCAGUGCUGAGGCUGCUGUCCCAGUGCUGCCUCUGUCUGCUGGCCCUGCUCACCAGUCUGCAGGCGGAGACCCCCGAGACCAACCAGAAGAGGGAGGCCAUAUGGGGAGCGUGUGUGUCUGCGCUGGGCUCAGUCCCGCGCCUUGUCCGCUCAGUGUUGCAGAUGUUCCGUGUGGCAGAUGUGGAUGAAGACGAGCUGCCGCUUCUGGGACAAGUGCUGUCGAUGCUGCUGCAGCACGCGCCGCUGCACAACCAGCUGUUGGGAAACACUGCCCUGCUCCAGGAGAUCAUCCAGCAGCUCACCAGAUACUCGAGGAGCGGCAGCCGGGAGCAGUGGAUGACGGACCUCCUGUACUGCUUCAGUGUGACCAUGGCCCACAGUUCGUCUGCGCACCGCGACACUGUGGCCAUGAGGGACAUGUACUAA